GGAAGCCAACCACCACACACCAAGUGUUAUUGCAAGAUUAAUGGGUCUGGAUGAACUGCCAGCACAGCAGCCCAUUCAUAAACAACAAAGAGUGCUAUCUGAGGAUUAUCUGCGAAAAUCUGCUUCUAUAGGUUUGCUCGAGAAGCACUCAUGCUAUAAAAGCCGUACGUCUCGGAUAAAAAUUGGGAAGCAGCAAGAAUUUAAGGAUGUGUUUGGAGCGCAGAUACUGAAAAAGGAUAAACAACGCAACCUGUUGGUUCCACAGAAAAAUGAAAAUUCAAGCACAACUGAAGCAAAGAUGACAUCAAUAAGGCAACAAUUUUCCAAUGCAAAAAAUAUUUCAAUGAAUGAGGAGCUUUGGCAUUCCCUAGAAUUUGAAGAUGUGCUGGAAGAUCUAGAUUCUAAAAAGGGUACUCUACCGAGAUAUCUUAAGGAACCAGAUUCUUUAUUAAUCAAAAACUUGCAUGAUCGGCAGGGCCUCCAACCAAGUUCCCGCUCAAGUUGCUUAACAUUCUUGAAGUCUUCCUAUGUUGCUAGUUACAGAAAGAAUGAAAUAUGCAGAAAUUCAGAGAAGAAAACUUAUCACAGGAACAUUUUGAGACCAAAUCAGAAACUUGAGAAUGAUUUUAACACUGGUUCCGGUGGAAGACUUGAUAUGGAUAACUUGCACAAGAAUUUCAAAUCCCGAUUGAAGUUUAGGGAUGAGACAUGCCAUUCCCCUGCAAGGAUUGUUUUGCUGAAGCCAAAUUUCGUAAAGGUACAGAAUGCUGCAAGAUUUUCUUUUUCGCCUAGUUCUGAUGUAGGUUUUGAGUGGGAUGACAAAAACCACGAGAAGUUUCAUAGACCCAGAAAUGGGGAAUCAUACAAUGAAGUAACAGAAAUAAAAAGGUCAUCUAAUGAUAUGGAACCUUCUAGGCAUUCUUUUAGAGUUUCAAGGGGCAAUGCAAAGAAAACAGCCCAACAAAUUCAGCAUAGCAUUAGUGGCAGUUCUGCCGAAUCAAGACAAGAAUUGAGAGGUUACAGCAUCUCUGCAAAUGAGUCUGAAAUGGUGAUGCUUUCUUGUCCAAAUUUCGUUGAUUGGAAAUACAGAAACCAGAUCUCAUAUCCCCCUUCAAAUGGGUUGUCUUUGGCCGAGGAAGACAAGAAGCAACUCUUAGAACGAAGGGAAAUGACCAAAAGUUUUCAAGAAGUUGGAGCUGCCAGUAGGACUUGUACCCUAGGUGAAAUGCUUGCAAUCCCUGAUCAGGAAACAAGGCCAAGAAAUUUGAACUACAAACCUGACGAACACGUCCUGUGCAGUCAAUUCAAUAUGAAUGGUGGAAACUUAGAUUUGGUUAGUCCUUCGGCUAUUACCAGUAAGGAUUGUUGGAAGGAUGAGAGUGUCAGAAACUUAUCAAGAUCCAGACCUCUUCAUUAUUCUUGUAAUAUUGUUGGAAGUCCUAAAUCUAGGACCAGAGGUGAAGCUUUUUUCAGAGGCUGGUGUUUGAGGCGAGAAGAAGCCAUUUCUGGGGAAGAGAACAAGUCGAGGAAACAGGAAUUUUCCCAGAGAUAUGCUAUAAGUCUGAACGACUCGAAAUUUAGUUGUGAAAAACCUCUGUCUGUUGUUCCUUUUAUGGACUUGGAGAGUAUUCGCAACAUACAAGAAACUUGUGCAGUCCUCGAUGAGCUGGAAAGUAAACCAGAGGAGAACGAUAUAUGUGAAGAAAAUCCUUUGGUUAUUAUGUUGUCUAGUAGUGAUGUCCCCUACUCAAGUUCAGACUAUGAUCGCCCAAUCCAGGGUACUCAGAUAAUUCAGGAUGAUCUGGAAAACAGUUAUGACGAGACUGAUGUGUCUAAAGACUCUGGACAAAAUUAUAAAAUUUCAAACUUAUCAGUUGAUAUUCUUGCCACUGUAAGUAGAGUUGCUGAUGUAGUGGCAGACGGAAAAACUGGGAGUGAUGGAAUUUCUUCUGGAAUCUCUGACCAGCAGCAGUCUGGACCAACACCCAACAUCUUGUUAGUGAAAAAUGGAAAUUGCCCUUCUCAUGUCUGGGAUGCUUCAACUGGACAGAAAUCAUCUAUUGGAUCCCCAGAAGAAGGAUUGGUUCCAUCAAACUGCACCAAAACUGACCCGGAAUUUCCUAUGAGCUUGGGGGAAGCUUAUCAGCCAAGUCCAAAUUCAGUGCUGGAACCAUCUUUCGAGGAAGAGAUUUCAUCUGGUUCUAAAUGCUUUGAAAGUGCCUGCGCUGAUCUCCAAGGUCUAUGGAUGCAACUUCAGCUUCUUAAGUCAGAGUCGGAAGACACCCAUUCCGAAACAUCUGGAAUGUUAGUGUCAAGUGAUGAAGACACAGGGGAAGGAUCUGUUGAUCUUUCUGACAAAAAUGGGAAGUUGACUGGGUUGUUCAGAGCAGAAGAGGGUAGGGAUUUCUCCUACCUAGUUGAUGCAUUAGAUGAGGCAGGCUUUCAAGGUGGGAAUUUGGAAAUGGGAUUUGAAACAUGGUACUCUCCAGAAUGCCCAGUGAGCCCCUCGGUGUUUGAGGCACUAGAGAAGAAAUAUGGUAAGCAGACAUCUUGGGAGAAGUUAGAAAGGAGGCUUUUGUUUGACCGUAUAAAUGCAGGAUUGAUGGAGAUUCUGAACACUGGCAGCAUGGAUUGUUACAUGUGGUCAAAGCCGUUGAGGAGAAGGAUUAGUUCCGCAUUGAGGAGGGAUGUGGUUGAGGAAGAGUUGUGGUUGUUGCUGGUUAGCCAGGAAAAGGAAGUGAGCAAGGACUUGUCCGAGAAGGCCUUGGGAAAGAAAAUGAGGUGGCUGGACACGGGAGACGAUAUUAGUGCCAUUUGUACAGAGAUGGAAAUUUUUUUGUUCAAUGAGCUGGCGGAGGAAUUUGCUAGUGUUUUGAGUAUUUGAUAGAGGUUUGGUUUGUUAUUGCAGAUUUGUGUAAUGUUCAUACAGCAAAAAUUUUGGCAUAUUUAUUCAAAGUGUGUAUAGCUACAAUUAUUUAUUUAUUAUGUUGGAGAGAAAAUAGAUUGGUGAGGUACGAUUAUGUUAAACAAAUAUUAGAAUUGGUGUAUCUGUCAUUGAUGACAGCUGAAUAUGAAUAUGGGCAGGAUAUUGUUUUGCAGAUGAGCUUAAAUAUCCG